GCGCGGCGCAGAGCGGCUCGGGGGCUGCAGGAGGCGGGCAGCAAGCUCCCGGCCCUGCCGUCCUCCGCGGAAGCCGAGGGGGAACCGAGCGGUGCCGGCCGUCGGGGCCCCGCCGCGCCUCGUCGCCGGGAAGCUUCUCCCACGGCUGGGGAGAGUCCGCAGCGGUGAAGGCGAAGGUCAGCGCACACCGUCGGGAUGGCGCGUACCAUGAGACCCGACGACAUCAACCCCCGGACGGGGCUGGUGGUGGCUCUGGUCAGCGUCUUCCUGGUGUUUGGCUUCAUGUUCACCGUGUCCGGCAUCAAGGGGGAGACCCUGGGGGACAUCCCACAGGCCAUCGGGCCUGCCAUCUGCCUGCCGGGCAUCGCCGCCAUCGCCCUCACCAGAAAGACUGAUGGCUGCACCAAGUGGCCCCAGAACAAGCGUCCAUGCUGUAAGGAAAUCAGGGACCGGGACGUGAUGGAGCUGCUGAGAACUCCUUCAGACCUGGAGUCUGGCAAGGGAAGCUGCGAUGAGCUGGCCAGGAAGGUGUACCAGAAGGACCAGAGAGUGCUGCGAGGUGAGGACUUGGUGUCCAUCUGCACCACCGCCACCACCGCCACCACAGGAGAGUGCAAGAACCUCAUCAGAAAGGUGGACCAGGAGGAGAUGCUGAGGUACCUGGAGACCUGCUACCCGGAGAUGCCAGGGAAUGUGUUUGUGGCAGAUGGCUCCACGUGCAGUGCCUUAGAGAAGAAGAGCUCUUCUCCCAGCAGGGACAGCGCCACUUGCCCGGACGUCGAAGACAACAUUUUUGUUGCUCCCAAAGACAGUAUCAUUGUCUGCUCUUACAAGGAGAACAGCCCUUACGACAAAUACUGUUGUUACAUCAACCCGACUGGAGUCGCCUCGGACCAGGAGACCAUAGUGUGAACAGUGCAUACUUUAUAUAUAUGUAUGUAUUUAUACAGAAACUACAGCAACAACUUGAUAGGGGAUCACAUAGCUGACUGCACUGCAUGGGACAAUCCUGAUACUAUUACAGUUUAACCUGGUAUGUGACUGAUACUCAAACCUUUUGUGCCUGAAAUACUUUCUGUAAGUAAACAAGCAUGUUUAAAGGUUAAAGAAUUCAAUUUUUCAUUUUGGAAAAAAAAAUCCAUUUCAGUUUUCCUUUCUGCCCUUCCCUUCCUUUUGUUUUCCUGCUGCUCGUUGUACACAGACCCACAGACACAGAGCAGGAGGUCAGCAGGGAUCAGGAGCCAAGCCAGGAUUCUGGAGCUGUCCGUAGGAGGGAUGAGGGCCUGAAAAGGUCUUAGCAAUGGUGUUGCUUUGUGUGGGGAGGGAUGGAAAGAUGCCAGCAUGCCCUCCGACCACUGGCUGAUGUUGGGAAGUGUGGAAGCAGUUUGCCUCUUCCUUCUUCUUCCUGGCAGGAUUUCAUUUUCCUGUCUCGAGAAACUGAUGAGCUAAUGCUGUGGUCCUUUUGAAAGUCUUCAGGAGCUAUAUGGGCUCAGGGGAGCUUUCAGAAGGAUAAUCCAUUAUCCAUUGCAUGACAGGUGCAGGUUUUAGCUCCAUUCCUUACCGAUAUUGAGUUCACUUGAAUGUUUCUAACACUUUUGGGUUUUGUAGACGUACUUGUCAAGGGGAUUGCAAUGUGAUCAUGGCACAGUUCUUGCAGAGAAUAGGAGCAGAUGUCAGUGGAGUCAAGAUCUUAAAAAUAUAUUCAAGUAACUCUUACUGAAUAGACUUACAUGGGUUUUGCUCAGAGCUGGAUCUGACUCUUCAGAAAAUGUCAUUUUUUAUGAGCCUUUUAUACCAUGUCAUGGCUGAUAAAUGAUCACAGUUCAUACAGGGGUGGAGGGAUCUGAGGACCUGGCUGACAGAUGGUUUUGUUCACUAUGUAUGGAUAUAUAGCACGAGAAAUACAGGGUAAUAGAAUUAACCAUUCAAAACCUGUGGCUUACAAACAGAAAUGCAAAUCCUGCCUGUUCUCGCCCACAGAAGAUUGCAUGUUCCAUGUAGUACAUGAAAUUUUAUCUAGCAGCCAUAUAUCACAGAUAUAUGUGGAUAUCACAGAGAUGUGAUAUUGUGUGAGAUGUACGCUGAACAGCUACUCCAAGGGCUGAGCCUCUGGUGUAAGCGUUACUAAAGCAUGGAGUCAUUUGCUAACAUCUUGCAAUGUCCCGGCUCCUAUAAUUCACAACUACUCCAAAAAGUUCCUCUGUGAUGGCAGUCCUUACAAGGCUCUCACUUCAGCAACUUUCAAUCAGCUGUAACUUGCAACAGACAAAAAAAAAAAAAAUUGACUUAUCCAUGUAGGAAGGAAGAAAAGCAGCCUUUCUCUUGUCACAUCCUGAGAUGUCAUGUAGAAAGUGGUGAGGAAUUUCCCACUGAAGGGAGGCAUUUGUCAGCUUUGCUGGCCAUGGAAAAGUUUGGAAAGCGGAGGGCAGCUUUAUGCAUCCCCUUGUUUAUUUGUUUGGAAACGUAUGUGCAGUUGUCAUAGACUAACAGUCUCUGAAGAGGUUUGGGAAGGGUUUCUUUCUGUCAGACAAAAUGAGAUGUUGAUGCUGAAGACAGGUGUUGGUGGGACAUCUGGAUCCUAUUAGGAGACACUAAGAAACAAUGCUGGCUGGUCCGAGUCAGGUAAAGCCCCUUAGUAGGUGGUUACAGUUCUGUGGGGAUAAAUCAACACUGGUACUCUGUGCAACCCAAGUGUCAUCCACUGAGCAAAGGAAUUUCACAGGAACAGAUCUCUGCCCGAAAUGCUCAGCUCUCAUGUCCACAUAAAGCACUCUGCCAUUGUCAGACAGGUCUCCUGCAGGCUCAGCCUCCACGGGACCUUAUUCUGCAAUGUACAGAAGCAGCUCUUUGAUGGCACUGGGAAAUCUGAUUUCAUAAUCUCCUGGAGUCAACAGCUGAACUGCUGCCGAGGUGCCUGAUCAGGAGCAGGGUCCUUCGUCAUGCUCUGCUCCCAGGGGACAGAGGUGAGGGUCUCGGCAUGUGCCCGUGGGUGCCCCGCAUCCCUGAGGUCAGACUGCCUGAGGAGAGCAGGCGGCCAGGUCCUGAGUGCUGCCUCUGCCCGGGUUGUGAGCGAUCUUCUGCCCUGCAUAAGGCAGCGCAGCGCCAGCCUGCUGGGAACCUAGAUUUGUACAGUUCUGCAAAUAUAUAUAGGAAGAGGUCAAGUUUUUCCAUUUUGUCUUGGAUUAGGUGUUCCCUGUCAAAAGUUAUAUGGGGUUUUAAGAAGGCAGAACGGCAAACUCCAGUGACAAAUGGAAUGGUAAAUACGUAACUUGAGAUACACAGACCUAAGGCAUGUGCUUUAUUUGAUUCCUACUCAAAAACCUAGAGAGUAUUUUUAUUAAGACAAAGUUUAAUAGCAGUGAAAUUUUCCCAUGGUGUAGGAAGAGGUAUAAAAAUGUACAUUUAAAACAUGGUAUAUCCAGGCACUGUCUUUCUUUCAUCAAAUUAACUAAGCCAAGAUUUUGCAUCAAAAUGUGACUGUAGGCAGUAUGUCCAGGCCAGUCCAUCGUAAUCCACUACAGGGUUUUUAUAAGCAUGUGGCAAUUUGAAGUUCAAGACGACUGUAUUGCCUCUCACAUCUCUUCCUCUAUGAUUUUUUUUUCCAUUCCCUUCUUCUAGCUAAGCAGGGAAUGAA